CGCAGCGGACUUCGGGCUGCAGAGGGCUUUGGCGACACAGAGGGCGGGAGCCGCUGGGUUAACUCCGGCCUCCGCGGAAACGAUGGCGGAGGAAGAAGCUUCACGAAGAGAUAUAUAUUGACGGUGACGCUUGACCGAGCAGUUUUCAUUUUGGUGCAAAACGUGCCUUUGUACCCUAUUGAGUGGAGUUUGAAUAUGAUCUACUGAGAUUUAAGCCUUACUAAAUGAACCAAGAGUGCAAAGGGAGUUUCAAGAAUUCAGUGGAAAGCGAUUUUAAAAAUUCAUUUGGUCAGCUAUAGAACUGCGCCAAAGAAAAAAGCCAAAGUCUUCAGAAAAUAAAGAAUCUGCCAAAGAAGAGAAAAUCAGUGAGACUCCAGUUCCUGAAAGAGCUCCAAAACGUAACAAGAUUGCAAAACAAUGUGACUAAAGUGCCUUGAUUAUCAGCUGCAUUUGAUUACAGGAAAGAGAUGUGUUUAGAACAGAAUUGGCCUACUUGUAAGUAGGAAUGAAGAGGAAAAUAGAAAAUCCAAAAUUUCUGGGACUUACAGUGUUGAAGUGAGAACUUUUUUUUUAACUAGUCAGAAAUUAAAAUUGAGAAAUACUUUGAAUAAGAAAGGCCGAUUAAGGUGAAUUCUUAGGGCAGUAACCAAAUCAAGGGCAUGGCUGUCACAUAGUUUAUUAAAGUGUAUAAAUGAAUUAAGGUAGUUCCUAGUAAGUUCUUAUAGUAGGACAAAGCACUUAGGGGAAAAGGACAAAGAAUGUGGUCCCACAAAAAUUAGAUAAGCUCAAAAUACAUGUUAAAUCUUUAAAAGAGGCAUAUCUAGGAAAACAAUUAUGAGUAUAGUUAUUGGAAUAUGGAGCUGACUGGAAUCAAAUAAGUAAAAAGCCCACAGAAUUAUUCUUUGCAAAAAUGAGUGAUUUAAUUUUAAAUUAAGGUAUAAUUAACAUACAAUAAAAUGCACAGACUGUAGGUGAUAAAUGAGUUUAGCCAUUUGAAUACAGCUGAAAUAAGAUAGAGAACAUUUCCAUUAUCCCAGAAAGUUCCUUUGUAUCUCUUUUCAGUAGAUUUCCUCUGUACCCCACAAGACAACCACUCUUCUUAUAUUUUUCAAUAUCGAUUAACUUUGCAUGUCUAGAAUUUCAUUUAAAUGGAAUCAUACAACAAGUAUGCUUUUGUGUCUAGAUUCUUUCACUUAGCUCAGUAUGUUAUCCGGUAUAAUGAUUUUGAGAUUCAUUUUUGUUGCUGUAAUUGUUUAUCCCUUUUUUUUGUUGGACAUUUGAGCAGUUUCCAGUAUUUACUUUUUAUGAAUAAGGCUGCUAUGAACAUAUACAAAUCCUUUCGUGGACAUCUGUUUUUAUGUCUCUUAGGUAAAUACCUAGAGAAUUGCAAGCUAAGCUUUUGAGAGAGAUGUACUGUCAAAAGAACUGCCAGCCUAGAUUUAGAAGGACACAGCUAUCGAGGUCUUAAAAUGAUGUUUGAAUCUAUAUUCUAUAUGCAGGAAGCAAGCUGAGGAAGCUGCUCUUAGGGUAUCUUUCAUGAGGAGGAGUGAGUGUUCUGCUUUUGGGAGGGAAGUGAAUAUUUGUGAUUAAUGAAGCAGAUUCUGCUGGAACCUUUUCUUCUUCCCAAAUGUUUGCUCUCUUCCCUAAAAGUGGAUUAUGCAUUCCUUCCCAUUGCUAUGUGAUUUGGAGCACCCCUCUGAAACAGGGUAUACUUCCCUACCCCAGUGUCGGGUUUAUCAAUGUGACUUGCUGGGCCAAUGGAAUAUGAGUGGAAGUAGCAGUGUACUACUACUGACCAGAAGCUGUAAGAGGCUGAUUUUGCCUGUUUUCCUCUUUUCUUCUGUCGUGAGAACAUGUCUCAAGUAAGGAUUGAUCCCAAUCUGGAACUCUGAAGAAGAUACAAGGAGAGCCAGAGCUAAUUUGAAGUCUGGAAUUGAGUGGAGAGUUACCGCUUACCUGAAACCUACAAGUAACAUGAAUGUAUUAUUUCAGCGCUUUGCAAAGAUUUUCAUUGGCUGUCUUGCAGCAGUUACUAGUGGUAUGAUGUAUGCUCUCUAUUUGUCAGCAUACCAUGAACGGAAAUUCUGGUUUUCAAACAGGCAGGAGCUUGAACGGGAAAUCACAUUUCAGGGUGACAGUGCCAUUUAUUAUUCUUAUUAUAAAGAUAUGUUAAAGGCGCCUUCAUUUGAAAGAGGUGUUUAUGAACUGACACAUAAUAAUAAUACUGUAUCUCUGAAGACCAUAAAUGCAGUGCAGCAAAUGUCUCUAUAUCCAGAACUUAUCGCCAGCGUUUUAUAUCAAGCAACUGGUAGCAAUGAGAUUAUUGAGCCAGUAUAUUUCUAUAUUGGUAUUGUUUUUGGAUUGCAAGGAAUAUAUGUUGCUGCUUUAUUUGUUACAAGUUGGCUUAUGAGUGGAACUUGGCUAGCGGGAAUGCUUACUGUGUCAUGGUUCAUUAUUAACAGGGUAGAUACAACAAGAAUUGAAAACUCCAUUCCUUUAAGAGAAAACUGGGCACUACCAUAUUUUGCAUGCCAAGUUGCUGCACUUACAGGCUAUUUAAAAAGCAACUUAAAUACUUAUGGAGAGAGGUUUUGCUACUUAUUGAUGAGUGCUUCAACUUACACGUUUAUGAUGAUGUGGGAGUACAGCCACUAUCUCUUGUUUCUUCAAGCAAUAUCUCUGUUCUUGCUAGAUAGUUUUUCAUUGGAGCGAAGUGACAAGGUUCAUGAAGUUUAUAAAAUCUAUAUAUUUUCUCUCUUUCUGGGAUAUUUACUGCAGUUUGAGAAUUCAGCUUUAUUGGUGUCUCCUUUAUUAAGUUUAGUAGUAGCCUUGAUGCUUGUUAAGUGCCUUCAGCUAAAUGCGAAGAAGGAAACUUUAGUAGCUAAAAUAAUGAAAGUGAUUAAUUUUUACUUGGUGUGUACUCUGACAGUGACAUUGAAUAUUGUAAUGAAGAUAUUUGUCCCACACGAAGAAAAUGGGCACAUGCUGAAAUUCCUUGAAGUAAAAUUUGGACUAAAAAUGACUAAGAAUUUUACAUUGAAUUGGCUCCUAUGUCAAAAAUCCCUGCAGGCACCAUCUCAAGAAUUUUUUUUGCGAUUGACACAGUCUUCUUUAUUACCUUUCUAUAUUUUAGUGUUAAUUAUUUGUUUUCUUUCUAUGAUGCAAGUUAUUUUUAGGAGAAAUAAUGGUAAGUCUUUGAAAGAAACUGUUACUCUUGAAGAUGGAAGAAUUGGAGAAAGGCCAGAAAUAAUUUAUCAUGUGAUUCACACUAUUUUAUUGGGUUCUCUUGCAAUGGUUAUAGAAGGCUUGAAAUACCUCUGGACUCCUUAUGUGUGUAUGUUAGCAGCAUCUGGUGUAUGUUCUUCUGAACUCUGGAUGACACUUUUCAAGUGGCUUCGAUUACGAACUAUACACCCAGUAUUGUUGGCUCUUAUUCUGAGCAUGGCUGUGCCCACUAUAAUAGGUCUCAGCUUAUGGAAAGAGUUUUUUCCAAGAUUAAUGACAGAAUUAACAGAACUACAAGAAUUCUAUGACCCCGAUACAGUGGAACUCAUGACCUGGAUAAAAAGGCAAGCUCCAGUUGCAGCUGUGUUUGCAGGAAGUCCACAGUUAAUGGGUGUGAUUAAAUUAUGUACUGGCUGGAUGGUAACAAGCUUGCCUCUUUACAAUGAUGAAGAUCUUCUCAAGAGAAACGAAAAUAUCUAUCAAAUUUAUUCAAAGCGAUCUGCUGAGGAUGUUUAUAAAAUACUGACAUCUUAUAAAGCAAAUUACCUAAUUGUAGAAGAUGCUAUCUGCAAUGAAGUGGGAACCAUGAGAGGCUGUAGGGUUAAAGAUUUAUUAGACAUUGCAAAUGGCCAUGUGGUUUACGAAGAGAGUGACAGGUUAACCUACUCAAAAUAUGGGCGAUUUUGUCAUGAGGUCAAAAUUAACUAUUCUCCAUAUGUGAAUUAUUUCACUAGAGUGUACUGGAACAGAUCCUACUUUGUAUAUAAAAUCAACACUGUGAUAUCCUUUCAGUCUUGAAAAUACUGAGCCUUCAUUUCAAAGACUUACACCACCUGAAAUAAAACAUGAUUUUCUUCUAUCUAUCUGGUGUCUUUUUAAAUCAGAGUAUGGACAUUUGAAAUGCUGCUGCUUUUCCCUGCUCCUGCAGUUAACUGGAUCCAAAGUUCUGUGGGGGAUAGACGAUUAAGCAUUACGGUCCUUUGGUAAAAUGUGAAAUCUUGCCACUCGGCUAUAUUCCAGCCAGGUAUUCUUACUGUUACUUGGUCUUUAAAGAUUUCACCUUCUAAAGUAUUAUAAAAUUUUCCUCAAAAUCUUCAUUGUCUCAUAACAUUGACCUUGAAUUUGAAUAUGUUCAAAGUCAGUAUAUAUCUCAAACGUAACAUUUAAUACAUACUUAAUGUAAUAUAAUUACAGAAUAGAAGGAAAGAAUAUUCUUACCCUCAAGACAGUUUCUGAAAGUAUUUCUUGGUUUAUAAUAGAACUGAAAUAUUACAAUAAAAACUAAUUUAAAUGUUAGCUGAAUAUAUGUGGCAUUUAAAUUAAAAUGGAAAUGAUAUAAAGGAAAGUGAUUUUUAAGGAUAUAGGUAAAGACAUAUCCUGAUUUUCCAUAUUACUACUCUCAUCAUCUGAUUAUAUAAAUGAGCAUUUUCUUAGUAAUAUAUAUAGCAUGUAUUGUAUUUUAUUAUUUUAUGACUAGUAAGUGGUUAGCUUUUUUCACUUAUGUCCAUGAAUUUGAUAGCAUUUAAUCAUGAUAAAACAGUAACUUGUUAACCUAUAUAUUUUUUAAAACAGACAUUUUACAAGAAUUCAGGUUUUUAAAAAAUAUGAUUAUGGAGUAUAUACUCUUCACAUGUUUUCUACUGAAGUAUUAAGUAAAAAAUCUCUAUCAUAAUAAAAAUAUAUACACUAAAACGAACAACAGUUUCUAGAGAUACAUGUAGAUGCUGUUAAACAUACCUCUGUAUACAGAUAUAUUUAUUAUAAAACAAGUGCUAUUAUUUAUGAAACUGAUAGUCUUCAAGAUGAACAAAAUGACAAUUAUAAUAAAAUUCAUAGCACAG